CGUGACGUCACAGAAAGAAUUCGAUUUCGUAGAACUUAUAAGUCCAAGAAAUCAUUUUGUGGGUUUAGUAGCAGUGGUGAGUGAAACUGAGUAGUUAUUUUCAGCGAUUGUUAUCGAUUUUGACAACAAUGUUUCAGCGACCUUGUCGAGUUCAUCCGUUGACGGAGAGUCAGGUGUGUGAUCUCAACACCCCCCCAAACCCCAGCAGCAGCACAGAGGAACAACAUCCUCAUGAGAGCACUGCUGAUGCUGCUGAGGGAAACGACGAGGAGAGGAAGGUUAUGGAGAAAGGGAAGAAGAAAAAGAAGUGGUGGAGGUUGUCUUCUUUAUUUGGAGCUGUGAAGAAACAUCUGAAGCGCAGCUCGAACCCAGUUCAGGGUGAAGUAGAGCUGCAGCAAGAGCAAGAGCAGAGUGAGGGAGUGAAGAACCAGAACCAGUGUAAAGACAGAUGCAGUGAUGACUACACUGUCAGACACAACCUCGUGAGCGAUCAGCUGUGUGAAGGUGGAUUUGACGCUGAGGCGACACGUUUGAAGGAUGACCCUGAAGUGUCUGUGAAACAUCUUAACAAGACUGAUGAAGAUGUGGAAGGUUUAUACACUCUUGGAUCUCCACAACGUCUUCCAGAAGAGAAGGACCUCAACAUCCUGGCAAAUAGAGGCCCAGAUGGCCACGGAUGUGAUCUCAGCACCCCCCCAAACCCCAGCAGCAGCACAGAGGAACAACAUCCUCAUGAGAGCACUGCUGAUGCUGCUGAGGGAAACGACCAGGAGAGGAAGGUGAUGGAGAAAGAGAAGAAGAAAAAGAAGUGGUGGAGGGUGGCCUCUUUCUACGGAGCUGUGAAGAAACAUCUGAAGCGCAGCUCGAACCCAGUUCAGGGUGAAGAAGAGCUGAAGCAAGAGCAAGAGCAGCAGAGAGAGAAAGUGAAGAACCAGAAAGAACAGAAAGCCAGAUGCAGUGAUGACUUCAUUUCCAGCCACUACCAGCUGGGUGAUCUGCUGGGUGAAGGUGGAUUUGGUUCUGUGUAUGAGGCGAGACGUUUGGAGGAUGACCUUAAAGUGGCGGUCAAAUAUGUUAAUAAGACCGAAACCUACAGGCCAAGUUUAUACAUUCCUGGAUAUCAGCAACAUGUUCCACUGGAGAUCGCCCUCACAAUCCUGGCUAAUAAAGGCCCCAGAGUGCCAGAGAUCAUCCAGCUGCUGGACUGGAAGGACUACAGUGACCAUUUCGUCAUGAUCCUUGAAUGUCCCUCUCCUUGCGAGACUUUGGAAGACUUUGUGGGGCGUCAGGGUGGACGUCUCAACGAGAGCUUAGCACGGCGAGUCAUGAUGCAGGUGACUAAAGCUGCGAACGUGUGCUGCCAGCGCCAAGUGUUCCACCGUGACAUCAAACCGAGCAACCUUCUCAUCAACAACCAGACACUUGAAGUCAAACUAAUUGACUUUGGGUGUGGGGACAUUCUGAGGACAACUGUCUACAUGUCAUACUCUGGCACAGCAACAUACGUCCCUCCUGAGUUUCACAUAAAGGGAAAGUACCACGGCAAGCCUGCGACGGUUUGGUCACUGGGGGUUCUGUUAUUUAAAAUAGUGGCCGGAUAUUAUCCAGGUUUCUUAGAUCUGCACAUGCUCAAACUGCAUCUCUGGUCCAGAACUGGUCUGUCAAACGAAUGCUGCAGAUUGCUCCGCGCUCUCCUGCAAAUAAAGCCAAAGAACCGAAUUCAGCUGGAGGAAAUCCUUUCCCACAAGUGGUUUACGGCCACCACAUAAGACCACCUCAGAAGUUGUUGUAUCUUCAGCUCUCCAAUGGUUCCUGCAAUAGUUGCAGCAGUAUCAGAGGCCCAGUCUACAACGUCUGUCCCCUGCAGUCCAAAACAUCCCAGAAAAGCUGUUUUAAACUAGAAUAUAUAUUAAGUUAAAAUGUUAUUGUCACCUUAACGUUUUAAUUGAUUAACGGCAACAAUUAUUUUAUCGCGCGUUAACAGUUGUUUGUUAAUAUGAAAGUCCAUUGCUCACUGGCUCUGAAUACACAUACAGUCAAAGCAUGGGUCACAGGAGGAGUGGGAUGUUGAUCAGUACUGACUUGGGAUGGGUGUCAUCACGUGUCUCAACCAAUGAGAGCAUUUGUGGUGGGCCUAAGACUGCAGCAGCCCACAUGAAGUGCUCGGGACUUCAUAAGUGGGAAACCCAAAGUUUCUGUUAACACGUAAAGGCAGCAGAGAUGCGGUCUCGCUCAACACAGUGGAGUGCAUCGAUUUGUUUUGAGUCUUUUGGGAAGCGGUAAAACACGGCCCUCUCACAAUACACAGAAAUCUGCUGAAAUCAUCCGUGAAGCAGUUUUCUGUGUAGCAUCUCUGCACAUCAUCUGUAUAGAAGUUUAAUAUAUUGUGUAUAUUUA